AUGGCACGAAAUUCCGAGAAAGCAAUGACAGCAUUAGCUCGAUGGAGACAAUUACAAUUGAAAGAACAAGGAAAACUUAGAGUCGAUCGACGUCCUCAUUUAGCAUCAGAUGAAACAAAUGUUCGAAGAGCUGAAAAAUGGCGUUACCAGGUUGUACGUGAAAUAGCAAAAAAAGUGGCGCAAAUACAAAAUGCGGGUCUUGGUGAAUAUAAAAUCCGUGAUUUGAAUGAUGAAAUAAACAAACUUUUACGUGAGAAAUCACAUUGGGAAGAUCGAGUUAAAGAGCUUGGUGGAGAAGAUUUUAAGAAAACGGCUCCUAAAAUGCUUGACAAUGAAGGAAAAGAAGUUCCCGGCAAUCGUGGCUAUAAAUAUUUUGGUGCUGCAAAAGAUUUGCCAGGUGUACGUGAAUUAUUUGAACAAGAGCCUGUUCCGCCACCAAAGAAAAAUCGUUCGGAAUUGAUGAGAAAUGUUGAUGCGGACUAUUACGGGUAUAUGGAUGAUGAUGAUGGUGUAUUGAUUCCCCAGGAAGAACGUUGUGAGAAAGAAGCUGUUCGAAAAAAGGUUGAUGAAUGGAAAGCACGAAAGGAAGCAAUUUUACGUGGCGAAUUACAAGCUGAUAUUGAGAAAGAAGAUGAAAUGGACAAUUUUAUUGUACCUGAAAUGAAUUCUGAUGAUGAAGAUUAUGUUGCACAUCAAACAAGACCAGGAGUAGCUGAUGUUGUAUCGAAAGAUCAUAUCUUCAUUGCACAUGUACCAGUACCGAGUCAAAAAGAAAUCGAACGGGCACUACUUGAACGGAAGAAACAAGAAUUAUUGGCCAAAUAUAAUAAAACAAUGUUUCGACGAAUAUCUCCUCUAUUUGGUAUUCGAUUUAUUUCGCAUUUAAAAAUUCCUCGAACAUGUUCAUUACACAGUAGUGCUCAUACAGAUAUUGGUUAUUUUGAAAAUGUAGUUAAAACACUAUUAGACAAAAGAACACAGCCAAUAUCAAAAGAUACUACUACUGAUGAUAAUCAUGGAAAUAAAGAACAAAGAAAAUAUUAUAAUAAAAAACAAAAUAAAUCUUAUGAUCAACAGAAAACACCACAAUAUUUUCCGACAAAACAGAAAAGUAUACCAUCAUUGUCGUCAAAGUUUACAUCUAAUAAUAAAAUGUAUGCAAAUAAACGGGAUGAUCAAAAUAAACAGCAAUAUGGAAAAGAAUGGGCCAAUGAUAAUUAUGUAACGAAUAAAUCGCGAACAUCAACAUACAAUAAGAAAAAACGGAUAAAUCAAAAAAAUGACAAUGAUAACGAUGACAUUGAUAGAAUACAAACGUCAAAAUUUAAUGCAAAAGAAAUUAAUCGACAGUUUCAUGUAAAAGAAGAAAAAAGUGAUAGAUUUGAAAAUAAAAAAAAUGAUUUAACAUCAACUGAAGUAGAAACAAAAGUAUCUUUAAACACAACAAUAUCAACAUCAGUAAAUCGUUCAAAAGAGUUAGAUAUUGUAUUUUCAAAUAAACAAGAUGAAGAAGAAUACAAAGAGUCGAUUCCACUUGAAGUUCUUGUUCAACCUAAUUUACGUCAUUUAUAUACUGAUGAACAAAAACUACAUGAAUUAAUUGAACAAUAUAUUCGUGAAAUGCGUCCUGUUCUACGUCCAUUUACAUUUGAUUUAGCUUAUUUAAUAAAUGAAUCAGAAACAUUAAAACGUUUUGUUGAAAUGGGUGUUGAUGUCUAUCGUUGGAAUAAACCACAUGCUAAAACAAAAUAUGUUCUUACACUCGAUUUUGAACGUGAUUGUUUAAAACAUAUUAUUUUUUUACAUGAUAUGGGUAUUCAAGAUAAUGUUUUGGCACAAUUUCUAUCGUAUAAUCCAUGGAUAUUUAAUGAGAACAUUGAUGAUUUAAAAACAAGAAUUAAUUAUCUUGAAAGUAAACAAUUUAAACCAAAUAUGAUUCAACAUAUUAUCUCCAAAGAACCCUAUUGGCUUAAUUUGAGUACAAAAAUGGUAGAUAGUAAAUUAUGUUGGUUUCAAAAAAAAUUUUACUUAUCAGCCGAUGAAAUACGAACAAUAGUUUGUAAAACGCCAAAAUUAAUCACAUUAUCAUUACAAGAUAUUAGUAACACUCAUUUUAAUAUGAAAGAACUUUUAAAUUUUAGUGAACAACAUUUAAAAGAACUUCUUGUUAAAUAUCCAAAAUUGUAUCAAUAUGAUUUUAAAUUGAUUGAAUUAAAUUUUGAUUUUUUAUUUAAUGAAAUGAAUAUGAAACAUGAACGACUUCUAGAAUAUCCGCCUGUACUCAAACAAUCAUUUCAAUGUUUAAGAUCACGUUGUUUAUAUUUAAAAUCAAUUAAACGUGAUCAAUUUGAUCCAUCAAAACCAAAUUUUGUAUCAUUGAAAGCUCUUUGUUUAGAUACUCAUGAACUAUUUUGUACACAAGUGACGAAAACAAGUGUUAAAGAAUAUCUCGAAUUUUGUAAAACGAUAUGA